AAAUUUGCAAUUGAAGAUCAACUUGGAACAGUAUAAGUCAGUUGUUAUUUACAGUUAAAAGGUCGAAGAACGCAAAAAUGAAAAAUUAUUUUAUUAUAUGUUUGGGAUUCAUUCUACUGACUCAACAUUGCCUAACCUCACCAAUACCGGACAGUGAACGGUUAGAUGAACACAAUAAGUUUCAUAAAGAAAUUUUGAAAGAAUUCACUGAUUUUACAAUUAAAACUGGAGAUGAGCUCGUUGAGUUUCUGACGAAUGUUAUGGAUGAAAUUAAGCAAAACAAUGAAUCACCCGAUGGAGAUCUUACCACUAGGCGCCAGGACAAACUGCUCAGACAUCUCGAAAAAGUAAAGAACGGUGAAGUCGAGUCAAACAUAUGGGAUUUAUAUAAAUUAACAGAAGACAUGAUUGGUUUUUCCGCCAAAGACUUUACAGCGCAGGAGGAGGAGUUGAGUAAAAUUAUUGAAAAAUAUAAAAUCUCAGAAUUUGGGCAGAAAGCUCGCGGAGCGUAUUUGAAAAUUUACGAUAACGUUUUGAAAGCAUUCGAAGUCUGUGCUGAUGAAUUGAAACACGAAAGCUAAAGCAGCAAAAACCAUUCGAUUGGCGUGAGUGUUUUUGGCGAAACAAAUGAGAUUAAAGGAAGAUUUGAUGACCUGGUAUCUUUUUUUCAAAUAUUUAUUUAAUUAUUAAUUUAUUAAAAAUUAUUAUUUAAACAUUAGUAGAAUAAGUAGAAUAAAUUGAUUGCAAACAA